AUGGCCACUGCGAACAACAACCAAGAUGCGAUCGUCCCCGCGAUCGACGAGAAACCCCAUAUUGACCACAUGGAGCACUACGAUGCGGAUGGGAAGGAAGUCGACGAUGUGAUUACCAAAUCACCCUUCGAAGAUCUCCCUUGGAAGAAGACCUGGAGGGUAUUCUGGAAAGCAGCUUUGAUGUGUAUCUUUGCGUCUUUCUCAGCGGCUGCCGAUGGCUUCCAGAUCUCCAUGACCUCGAAUAUAAUCGCGAACAAAGGUUUCAUCGAGACUUAUGGUACGGCUAUCGAUGCUAAGACUGGUGGGCCAAAGCUAGAUGCGGAUAUUCUCGCUGCUUGGGGUGGUAUCCAAUCUGCUGGUCAAGGUUUUGGAAUGUUGACUCAGCAUUUCAUUGCCGAUCGAUUCGGCCGUAAGGUAGCCUUCUACACCCUCUGGGUAUCGUUGGUCAUCGCCGUGGCCCUGGAAAGUUUCGGUAGAGAUUGGAGAUCAUGGUUAUGUGCCAAGCUGUUCUCUGGAUUUGGUGUCGGCUCAGUUCAAUUUAUGACUGGAAUGUACGGUAUUGGUCAAUUGGCUUCCUCCCUCGCACUCAAGGUGAUGAACGAUAGACAACCCUACAACUACCUCACUCCGAUCUACACUGAAUGGGCGAUGCUCGGUCUGAUGGCUAUCGUAUAUAUAUGUAUUCCCGAAUCACCAUUCUGGUGUGCUACUGCCGGUAAACAUGAUAGGGGAAGAGCUGUCAUCAAGAGACUGAAUGGUGGUAUAGAGGGAUAUGACGUGGAUUAUCACUACAAUAUCAUCAAACGUUCAGUCGAGAAGGAGAAGUCAUACCAAAAAGAGAUCGACGGGGACGGUCAUGGGUUUAUACAAGAACUCAGGAAUGUCAAAGAGGUGUUCAUCGGGGUCAACGGGUUCCGUACUCUUAUCGCCUUCUGGCCAGCGUGUGUGCAACAAAUCGGUGGUCUGGCAGUACUCAGUAACUACUCUUCAUAUUUUGCACAACAGGCCGGCUUCGGAGACCCAUUCUUGUUUUCCCUCUUACUCGCCCUCGUCGCCAUUGUCUGUACACUUGUCGAAGCGAGUCUCAUUGAUCUUAUUGGACGUCGAUCUCUGUUCUUGCUCGGCGCAGUGACGUCGUGGGUUAUGUGUAUGGUAGUGGGUGGACUAGGUAUCAUGUCCAAUCGAUCGGCUACCGUGAACAGGCUAGUGCUCGCAUUCUCGCUAUUCUGGCGACUUGGAUCGACUCUUCUUGGUAAUUUGGGAUGGGCCUAUGUCGCUGAAACAGGUUCUUCCCGACUCAGAGCCAAGACAGCCGGUAUCGCAGCAGCAGGCGGUGUAUGUCUCGGAUUGGUAUUCAAUACUUCCGUGCCGUAUAUGUUGAACAACACUGGAGCAAACUGGGGACUGAAAACUGCGUUCUUCUUCGCUGGAAUCUCCACUCCAUUCGUUGUCGCUUCGUUCUUCCUCAUUCCGGAUACAUCAAGAAGAACCGCUGCGGAAUUGGACGAGAUGUUCAGGAAGAAAGUCAAGCCUUGGAGAUUCAGAUCAUACGUCUCUGAUGCACAGAAGGCGUUGAACGAGGAGAGGGAGAGGGGCCAGCAGGCUCAUGCUACUGCUUAG